GCUAUCUCACUCAUUAGUUACAUAUUUCCCAAAAUUGUUCAAAGUACUACUGCACUUACCAAUACAGCUGAACAGUACUGAACUUAGCUUAACAAAAUCAAUGUGAUUCAUCUCUAACUUACAGCAUUUAGCUGUACUUUCUUCUUCAUUUUAAGAGAUCCAGAAAAAAAAUUUACCCCCCCAAAAAAAAAAUAGAGAAAAAAUUCACCGUUUGCUUAAAUCUUUGUACACUUUUUGAGUUUUUAUAGCCAUGGGAAAUUCCCUUUUAUUUUUCACUUUCAUAGCCCUUUUUAUUGCUUAUUUUCAAUUUCAGGUCCAUGCUGUUGCUCCUGCUGGGCCAUUGAUUAAGCACUUAAAUUCUAUACUCAAAUGGUCCAAGUCUUCUAUUAAAAGUCCUCAAUCAGAUGGGAAUUUUCUUCAAUUUGAAGAAGGUUACUUAGUUGAAACUGUUGUGGAAGGAAAUGAACUUGGUGUUGUGCCAUAUAAGAUUCGUGUUUCACAGGACGGUGAAUUGUUUGCUGUUGAUGCUAUUAAUAGCAAAAUCGUUCGAAUUACUCCCCCGUUGUCUCAAUAUAGUAGAGCAAGAUUGGUUGCUGGUUCGUUUCAAGGUCACACUGGCCAUGUGGACGGGAAGCCAAUUGAUGCUCGUUUUAAAAAUCCAAAAGGAGCUACCAUGGAUGACAAAGGAAACAUUUAUGUUGCCGAUACAGCAAAUCUGGCUAUUAGGAAGAUUGGAGAAGCAGGUGUGACAACAAUUGCUGGAGGAAAGUCUAAUGUUCCAGGAUACAGGGAUGGGCCAAGUGAGGAUGCACAAUUCUCAAGCGACUUUGAUGUAAUAUACGUUCGGCCAACUUGUUCAUUACUCGUUGUUGAUCGAGGAAAUGCUGCUCUUAGGCAAAUUUCUCUCAGCCAGGAGGAUUGUGACUAUCAGUACAGCUCAGUGUCAACUAUAGAUGUUGUCAUGGUUAUUGGUGCUAUUGUAAUAGGGUACGCUGCGUGCAUACUCCAACAGGGAUUUGGCUCCAAGACGUUGCAGCCAGUACAUGUGGAAGUGGAGCAACAGGAACCUUCUUUAAUCAAGGAGACGCCCGCCCCUGCUGUUGAAACUGUCAAAGAAGAACAGGAAGCAGGAUGGCCAUCAUUUGGACAGCUACUCUGGGAUUUGUCCAAGCUUGCAAUAGAGGGUCUUGGUUCCCUUUUUGGCUAUAUCGUUCCAUUGCGGUUUAGACACAAGAGCUUUAUUAGACCUGGACUAACUCCAUUGAAAGAUUCAUUAAUCAUGCCUCAAGAUGAAGUUGAACCCCCGUUAGUCCAAAAGCAGAGGGCUCCACCGCCUGCUUCUGAGACCAGACAGGUCCCCGCUGUUGGUGAUAAAUUUCCCGAGGGCAAGCCCAUGAAGAUUAGGUCUAGUAGUUCAAAAGACCCUACCUUGUCGACCAAGCACAGGUCUUCCAGACGACAUGAGUAUACAGAAUACUACGGGACCUCAGGUGAGGUUCCUCCAUAUACGCAAGUUAGGUCUAAAAGCCAGAAGGAAAGAACUAAGUAUCGGCGACAAGACAAUGUUGGAGCAGGAGUGGAGGCAAAACCUGCUGAAACGAAAGCAGUAAACUAUCAGGACCCAAAGUAUGCCCAUUACAACAUGAGGAACAAGUACGGAGACCCUUUCCCCCGUUAUCCAUGACUAUUGGUCACUAACGAUUAAGUUUUGUAAGUGGAGGGACAAACCUUUUUGUCAUGUAAGUUGUAACUCUAAUAUUAAUGGAAGCAACUCAAGUCAUAUGUGCUGUUAGUAUGAA